ACUGUGGCCUUGUUUACAUGGAUUUUAGCCAGGAGCAUAUGGAUAAGCUGGGUCAUGGCAUAUACACGCCGCUCGACGUCAAUCUACUCCCCCCUCUCUAUCUUGUCUAUGCCGAGAACCCAAGCGACUCUGGCAAGGUCCACAGCAGUGUCAGGCAAAGAUGGCUCGAUGGCGACGAGUUCGUAAUAUCAUCCAUGAAGGAAGUCGCGCAGCUAGCGUAUGAUGGCCACAAUGCGUUGCUGCAGAAGAAUUACACUGAACUCGCGAGGCUUAUGAACAGAAACUUCGAUCUGAGAAGGCAAAUGUUUGGAGACGACGUGCUUGGAGCAGUGAAUAUAAAGAUGGUCGAAGUAGCGAGGAGUGUUGGCGCCGCGUCCAAGUUCACCGGCAGCGGGGGCGCGGUGGUUGCGUUUUGCCCUGAUGGGGACGCGCAGGCGGAGCUCCUGAAGAAGGCGUGCGAGGAGGCUGGCUUCGUCGUGGAGCCGAUCGAAGUCGCCCCGUCGGUGCUGACAGAGGAGGAGGUUGCAAGCUUGUACAAGUCACCGCCGGUAGACAAAAGGAUAUCAUAAGCAAACUCCAUGUGAAGC